CUUUUCGGCCAGCCUUCCCGACCCGGAGUGGGUGUGGCAUGCGUUAAAAUUAAACGUCAGUGACCGAAUGAAGCUUAUAAAAUAGCUUGGGAGAAGCUGGUCAACAAGACCACACAUCUUAAAUUGGAUGAGUUUGCAUGUGGAAACUGCCUUCAUCUUGACAGAAAAGGUUCCAUCCAGAGCCCCAAGAUGAUGACGGCGCUGCUGCUCUUUUCUGCUCUGGCCAGCCUCUUCAGUGCCGCAGACGGACAAGCCUUUCACCUUGGGAAAUGCCCGACUCCUCCGGUGCAGGAGAAUUUUGAUGUGCACAAGUAUCUUGGACGAUGGUAUGAAAUUGAGAAGAUCCCAGUGAGCUUUGAGAAGGGAAGUUGCAUCCAAGCCAACUACUCGCUAAUGGAAAACGGAAACAUCAAAGUGAUAAACCAGGAGUUGAGACCGGAUGGAACUGUGAGUCAAAUUGAAGGUGAAGCCACCCAGGCCAACCUCACAGAGCCUGCCAAGCUGGGAGUUAAGUUUUUCUGGUUGAUGCCGUCUGCUCCAUACUGGGUCCUGGCCACCGACUAUGAGAACUACGCCCUCGUGUACUCCUGUACCACAAUCGUCUGGCUUUUUCACAUGGAUCAUGUUUGGAUCUUGGGAAGAAACCCUUAUCUCCCUCCAGAAACAGUGACCUAUCUAAAAGAUAUCUUGACUUCUAAUGAAAUUGACAUAGAAAAAAUGACUAUCACAGAUCAGGUGAACUGCCCUGAGCCACUGUAAGAGGCUCUAAAGGGAAUCUGCCUUCACUCAAUGUUACUUCUUUUGCUUUGCUUCCCCCCACCCCACCCUUCAUAAAGACAAACCAACCACGGCAACAUUGCAAACACCAGAGGGGAAAUUUGAAAGCAGAAGCCUGUGGAGAGAAAGUCAAGGAACGCUGGCCCAAACACUUAGCCAUGUACCAUGUUACCUUGCCAGUCUAAUAAUAAACUUGUUGCUGACCUGCUGUGCUCACAGUA